AAAAGAAAAGAAAAGCUUUAAAGUUACUGCAGCUUGUUUAAACAGCUCGCUGCCCAGCUUUCCCAUAAAGGGCCCUUCCCACUGGUGCCGGUGUCAGAGGGGUGACGCAGCAGGUGAGCUGUAGUGAUGAAAUGGCAGGGAUUGCAUCACUGAAGCAGGCGUGGGCACAGCAGCUCCAGGUGGCACAAGCGGUGGCCACCUGAUGUCCCCGCCCCUGCGCCCCCUGGACAGUGGGCACCGUUCCUGCGCAUUGCCCGUGUUGCUUUUCGCAUUUUUGGGGUGCUGUUUUGUUCCUUUUUGGGGGCGCUUUUCCAAGACUUUGUCCGAGUGGCUCCAAGAAGGGUGGGAAGAAGCAGCCCCGUCCCUUCCAUCCUGCCCCAGCCACGUGGCUGCGAGCAGGGCUGCCCCGUGCCGGCCGCCCGGUGAGUCACGGAGUCCUCCCUCACCUGGCACGGCACCCAGCCUGCACACCCCUGCCCCUUUCGCUUUCCUUUCCAUGCCUGGGAAUCUCCUGCGUGUUUGGGAUUCCUUGCUCUGGAAAAACGCUGAGCCAACCCCCACAGUGCUCUUUUAUGGCUUUUGUAGCUAUUUCUGGACUGGGACUCGUAAAUACUUUUGUGUUGCCUGAUAUAUCGACAGCACGGUCGAUGAAAAUUGAAAGCAAGUGAUUUCUUAACGUGGCAUAGCUGCCCCUUCGCUUGUAGGAUGAAACAAACGGAUGAGGGGCUGUGUCGCUGCUGCCUGUGCCACUCUGAAGCCACGGUGCCACUCUGGGCAUGGUGUCCCCAGGCCGUGGUGGCUUUGGGGGACCCUCUUCAGUGACACCCUGGUGCAGUGGCAGAGCUGGCAUCAGCACAGUUCGGAGGAGCCGUACCAAAUGCAGCUGGGCCAGGGCUCGGGGUACAUCCCAGCAUGGUAUUACUGUCCGAGACAUCCCUUGCUUGUGCAAGAUUUUGGGUUUCCCUGCCUGCUGCUCUUACCUUGGUGCCAGGCCAUGCGGUGCGUGCAUCCCUACUGGCUGUGCUCGCAGCCCCGGCUUCCCCGCUCUGCUUUUGCUUUUCCUUUGGCACCUUGGGAUUUCCUGCUUGCCUGCGUCAAGACGUGACGUCUCGGUUUGCUCUUCCAGCCAGGAAUGGCAUGUGCGCGAUAAAAGCCACCGCAGUGAUCACGAACCAAAGGAGCCGAGCCAAAACCCAACGAGCAUGCCCUGCGGCUGCUCCUUCCCAUGAGCGCGGCUGCCAGCAAUGGGCUCUGCGGGUUUUUUUUGGAUUGUGGUGUGGACGGGGCUGUGGGAGCAGAGCUGGACCUGAGGGAAGGGUGACCUGGCUCUGUCUGUGCGUGCAUCGCCCCCUCUGCCUCCCCGCUGGGAGGGGACAACGCUCCGGCCACGUUGAGGGUGCAGCAAGGGUGCAUCCCAAGGGUGGCCCCACAGCGAGGACGCACACUUCCUCCACAGGGGAAGUGCUUGUUCCUGCUCCCCUUGGGAUUUUGCUAUGGUGCUUUUUAUUAGGGAUGGCCUGUGCCUUGCUUGGGAAGCUGACGUGAAGUUAUUUAUGCUGCUUCGGGCUUGUAUUCCAUAGCUGUUACCAACUGUGAGCACGCUGCAUUGAAUAAAAGUUUUUUCCCAAAUCUGUUUGUUUCUUUAACUGGACAGAAAGGAAAGAACAAUUUCCCACUCAUGGAUAGCACAAGCUAACAAACCAAGCCCUGACUGCGCCUCAGGCUUUUAGUUACUGACUGUGUUAAUGAGUGACACAACCCACUGCUGCGGGGAGGUUGGUGGGAGUCCCACCUGUGCCCACCGUGUUAUCGGGCUUUAUUUCUGUGUCUGAGGCUCAGGGGCCCUGUGGUGCCUCCUGACGGGCCAGCAGGCCGUGGGCACACACCCAGACAUGUGGCAGGCCACCUAAACACAGGCAAACACUUUUUUACUCCAGGGACAGUCAGGCACUGGCACGGGAUGCUCAGAGCUGUGGAGCCUCCAUCCUGGUGUUAUCCAAAGCCACACACAGUCCGGGCAACCUGCUCCAGCUGCCCCUGCUUUUUGUACAGACACAGGGAUACUUUGCUAUAUUUAAUGGUUGAUUAAUGCACAAAACAAAAGGCAAUUAUUGGUUCACAUCUCAGGCUACCUCGAGGAGAGGGCAGCUUUUGGUUACGUGGGUGCGUUUUUACAGUGGCAAACAGGAGAGUGCAUUUAUGCCUGCUGUGAGCGCAUUAUUCGGUGCAGCACUAGUGCACAUCUGCUCUUUACACACACACAGGUAUAUUCUGUUAUAAGUAAUGAUGAACGAACGCACAAAACGAAGUGCACUUAUGGCUUCACGGAUCAGGCUGCCCCGGGGAAGGAGCAGCUUCUUGUUGUGCGGGCGCGUUUUUGCAGCCGCCACGGGAGCGACGUGCAGACGCCGCGUUUGCGUUUCCCACGUCCCGCUGAAGAGGGAGAAAAAACCCGCACGCGGCGCCGCGGGAUCCCACCGCGUCCCCAGCCCCGUCCCGGCCACCGCGUCCCUGCAGUGCCCUCACCUGCAGACGCACCUGCAGCCUGGGCUUUCCUCGCCGUUGCUUUCGCUUUCCUGUCGCGGAUCUGCCGCGCCACGGGUUUUCCUGCCAAGGUGAAAGCGCGAUACUGCCCGGCUGCUUAAAAGCCGGGGAGAUGGGGCAGAGCGGCAGAAACGAGCGACAGCAAGGCUCUGGACACGAAAAAAAGGGACUCGAGGCGUCUCGAAGCAUUUCGUGGAUUCGGACACGGGUCGUCCUCUCCUCCUUCUGUCUUUCUGGAUCUUCGCUUCGUCGUAGCUGGAAAAGAAGAUGCUGUGCCCCAUGUUCGCUGUGGCGCUGGUGGUGGGCCUGGGGCCCCUGCUGGUGGGCGCCUUCCCCCAGGACGCCCCGAAGAAGACUUGCCGCCUCUCCCAGUACGGGUCCCUGGUAUCUUCCGAGUUGAUGGCGGUGCAGAAUUUGAGGGAGCACUUUGAGGGCAUCAUGUUGCUAACAGACCGAAAAUGCAGCACCAGGCUCUUCCAUCGGAAGUGGAAACCCAACGAGCUGUCGGUGCCCGACCGACUCCUCCUGGUGGAAGCCGAGCUGGACCUCACCGUCGCUGUGCUGGCACACCCCACGGUCCACAAGCUGGCCAAGAUGAGCCAGCAGCCCUUGGCUUUCCUCACCCAAGCCCGGGAGGACCUGCGAGGCUGCGUGGCCGCUGAGGCUCCUUCGCAUCAGCCCUCUGGGAAACUGAGGCACUGGCUGCAGAAGCUGGAGACGGCCAAGAAGACGGAGACUGCCGGCUGCCUGGAGGCCUCCACCAUCCUCAACCUCUUCCAAGUGCUGAACGACCUGGGGUGCGUGGCCAUUCCGGAGCGGUGCACGUAGCCUUUUCUUCCUGCCUUGCCUUACGGACGCCUGGCUGCGUUUUCCUGUUUAAGCACUUGGCUUUUUUAUGUGAGCUCAGGGAGCAAUUUUUUAACAGUCUUUUCAGUUAUUGUCUGUUUUUCUAAUUGUGUAUUUAUAACGUCUUAGGAAGACGUAAAGAAAUGCCCCUUCUGACAGGUACUGCUCAGUGGGGGUGAGCAUAUUUAUUGCAUGUCUUUGUUUUGCUGGUUGUCAGAACACUGACUGUUUUUAAAGAAAUCUAUUUUUGAGCUUGCUAUUUAUUGCACACUGUAUUAUGUAUGUUUGCCUGCAUAGAUAAUAUAUUUUUAUACGCUAUUUAACAUGAAAAAUAAAAUCGAUAACAUAAACUGACAAGCCGCCAUCCUGUCUUCCCUAUAUUUUGUUAUAAUAUCAUCCUGUCGGAAUUAUUUAGGGGUGGGGAGGACACCACAGAGAAACUUGGGCAUUUAGAAAUUGGCAUCACCUCAGCCCACAUGCUGAUGCCAGAUUUAUGGUGCUGCGGGGGGCACCAAGGGGAAGGGACCCCCCAAGUGCUGUCUGCAGGGGAUUUGGCUCACCCUGGAGGCUUCUGCACAGCUG